AUGCCGAUCCUCCUCUUGAGCGGGUUCUCCGACGGGCCGAAUCGGGGCGGGGUGUCGGGUACCCGGGUCACGGGCACCCUGUUCGGGUACCAGAAGGGCCGGGUCAACCUCUCGAUCCAGGAAACCCCCAAAUGCCUCCCUUCUGCCGUCGUCGAGCUCGCGAUGCAGACGAGCAUCCUGCAGAAGGACCUCGGGUCGGGCAUGCUCCGGAUCGCGCUCGAGUGCGAGGAGCGGGCCGACAACGGCGACGGGAACAGUAAUAAUAACAAUUAA